ACAUGUCUCUCUCCCUUCUGUCUUUUCCAUCUCUCUCUCUCUCCUUUUUUAUCCCUCCAAUCUCUCUCUCUCUUCCAUUUUCUCAUUACCUGUCUCUGCCUUCUCUCUCGCUCUUGCUUAUUUGUCCUUCAGUUUAUCUCUCUCUCUCUCUCUAUCACUCUCGCUCCUCUCUCACUCUAUCUUUCUACCUGCGCUACCUUUCCUCUCUCUCUCCCUCCUCCCCUUCCCUACUAGCUCUCUCUUUCUCUCCCUUCGUUUCUCGCGCGCUCUCUGCUAAGAGGAUGUGAUGCUUCGUGGUUUGUCGUCAGAGUUUCUCUCUCUCUCUCUCUCUCUCUCUCUCUCUCUCUCUCUCCUUCAUCAUGCUCUCCCUCUCUGUGUUUGUAGCGGGUCCGUAGAGCUCCUUCCUUCCGCGGUAUGAGUCUCCCGCACGCGGACUCCACCGCGGCGCUGCUCGCGCCUCCCUCGGCGCCGAGCGGCGACGACAGCGCGCGCAGGCCGCUCGUGCACCCGCUGCUGCUGGCGGCGAGGCGCGCGGGCAAGAGUAAAGCGCACGGACACCGUGGGCGCGCGCACGGACACGCGCUGUCGUCCGGAAGCCACGAGGAUUUACCGGAGCGCCCGCGCGCGCACGAGCAGGAGCGCGAGCACGACCAAGACGCCGCCGCCUCCGAGAAGGAGCGGAAACCGUCCAGACACCCUCAUCACCACCACCAGCAUCACCAUCAUCAUCAUCAUCACCACCACCACCAUCACCACCGCCGAGCCGCUCGCGACGAUGACCUGCCCCCCGAGCCCCGCCCCCGCGCGCCCGGGCGAACCCAGUCCUUCUCCGGCGGUUCCACGCGGGACCGUAAGCGUGACCUGGUGCCCACCUCUUCCUCCUCCUCAUCCUCGCCGUCCAAGCGCUCCAGCGCCGCGUGCUCGGACUGGGACCUGAAUCUGAGACCCAUCCUCAGCUCAGUAUUCGGACAGGAUCGAGAGCUGAGACCUGAAGAGAUUGAAGAACUACGUGAGGCAUUUCGGGAAUUCGAUAAAGAUAAAGACGGCUUCAUUAGCUGUAAGGAUCUGGGGAACUGCAUGAGGACGAUGGGCUACAUGCCCACCGAGAUGGAGCUGAUAGAACUGAGCCAGCAGAUCAACAUGAACUUGGGGGGUCAUGUGGACUUUGACGAUUUUGUGGGUUUGAUGGGUCCUAAACUGCUGGCAGAGACAGCCGAUAUGAUCGGGGUGAAGGAACUGAGAGAUGCCUUCAAAGAGUUUGACACUAAUGGGGAUGGAGAGAUUAGCACAGGUGAGCUGAGGGAAGCAAUGAGGAAGCUGCUGGGACAUCAGGUUGGCCACCGGGACCUGGAGGACAUAUUGAAAGAUAUUGACCUGAACGGUGACGGACGUGUGGAUUUCGAGGAGUUUGUGCGGAUGAUGUCACGGUGAAAGCAAUCAGACUCAGCACUGCUCCCUGCUGGCUGGAGGAGACACAGCGAGGAAACUACAGCAUAAUGAAGCGUUUUCCAAAUGCACAAUCUUUCUGUUGGUGCAAACUAAGACUGUAGGACAGACUAUGAUCGGCUGAGGUGUUUAUCAUUCUCCAAAUCAUGGAUCAUCUCACUGGAAACUACAUGUGAAAAAUACUAUCCUGUCAGAGCUUCAGAACACACGGAGGAGACGGAGAAUCCACAUCUACUGUAGGAAAAGGAGCCUGGGGCUGAAAACUGGAAUAUGGACGUUUGUAGAGAAAACACGCACAUAUACACACUACAUACAAACAUACAUUCACACACACACACACACACACACUGAAAGAAAUGAAUUUUAUGGUUUACAUGUGUGCAUUAUAUAUAUAUAUAAGCUAUUUAAUAUCAACACAGGCACUGCCAGAAUUGCAUCACCUAAGAGACAACAUUGUGUUGAUGUAAUAGACACACAGUACUGUACCAAGGUUUCAGGCACUUGUGGCAUUUAGAGUGAAAAGCUCCUUAUCUGGGCAGGAAAUGUUUAUUUACUCUCUGAAAGAGUAGGACACAGUGUCUCAGACAGGGAUUAAGCCUAAUCGUAGACUAUAGUUUUCUUUUACUGGAAAAAAUGUUAGAAUUAAUGUAAAAAAAGAUCAAUACAAAAAAAUGUGUUCCUCUCCAAAGCUCUCCUAAUGGGAAUCUAGUAUAAGUUAUAAUUAAAUAACAGGUUUGGCAAAUCAUUGUUUAAUGUGGGUAAAUCUGGUAAAGCUGGUGAUAGAGUUAAAAACAGUGUUGACUGGGAGCGUUCAAGGGAAAUUUGGAACCAAGAAAGCGAUGCUCACAAAAUUUCUGUUACAUUGUACUGUAUUUAUGUUUACCUGCGUUUGUUCUGUGAUCCGGGGUUUUUACAGUCAUUUUUUGUUUUAAAUAUUGUGAUUAGGGGCCUAAAAGCUUGGUACAGUACUGUAUAUUAUUCAUGCAUAAUGUGUACACUGGAAUCAUGAAUUCAAAGCCAUUUUUUUCAGUGCACAUAAACACAAACACCAUGUAGCCGAGUAUUUCUGCACUUUCAAUCCUGAGAAAUCUAAACUGUCUCUUGUUUGUGUGUGUGUGUGUUCAAGGGAACUGAAAAUCCCUUCCUUGAUUAUGGCAAUAUCGAGUCUUAACUGUGUAGCGUCCUGUGUGUGUAUCUGUGUCUUCGUGUCGGAAGGAAUAGGGGUUACAUUUAAAGCCACGCUCUGUGAUGUUUAUGUCAGAUUUACUGGUUGAUUCAUAACAAUAAGAUCAGAAACAUUUGCGUAGGUGUUUGAAACACAGCCAUAACAUUAAAACUGCCGGCCUAAAUUUGUGUAGGUCCUACUUGUGUCAAAAACAUCAAGGCAUGGACUCCACAAGAUUACUAAGGCCUGUUGUAUAUGGCAUCAAUACAUUAGCAGCAGAUCCUUUAAGUCCUGUAAGUUCCUUUAGCAAACCUGUUGCCGGUUUAUAGGUUUUCCUUACUUAAAUCACUUUUAAUAAGUACUGACUACUGCUUACCACAAGAACUUUUCACAGUUAGGUGCUUGUUAAAGCAUCUUAGAUUCUUAAACUUUUGUUUGCUUCCAACAUAUCAGCUUCAAGUUGCCAUUAGAACUGGUUUUAAUGUUAUGACUGUGUGAUGUAUGUUUCUGGCCCAUCUCAAUACAUCUCAUAACCCAAACCAUCAGCCAGAGUGACUGUUCUGAACCACUUCUUUACAUACUGUGUGUUUUGUGAGCAUUUAGAGGUACUCAUAUGAUGAUGUCAGAAUUGCCAUGUUUAGAGCUGAAGCUGCUGGACUGAGCAAAGAUCAGGAAAUGCCAAAAUACAACGCUAGUUUUGGUUACAAUUAAAAAUCAUACUUUAAGUCAUUUUAUCCAAUUCACUAUUUAAUUCUGCUGGCAGAUUAUUGUGCGUAUGGCUAAAAAAAAAACAAUCAAAAUGAUCCACUAAUGAAUUUAAAUUCCUGCAUUAGAUAAAUUACCUAAAAUAGGUCUAAAUAAUAUGUAUAUGAAGUAGAAAAUCCUAAAAUAUAUCACAAUAUGAAAUAUUAGAUAUUUGUUUAAUUUAAAGAACAUAUAAUUUUGAUUUGUACGGCUGGGAAAUAGUCAUCAAAUCUCUGAGUGACUUUAGCUAAGGUGUGGUAGCUAACUGAAAGGCUACCACAUAAACUUAGUUUGCUAGCAAUGCUAAUAUUCUGCUAAUAUCACUGAGCCCUCAAAACCUUGAUAAAACAAUAAAAAACAGUACAUUUUAUUAAAAAAUAAAUGACACUUUAAAAAUUGGUAUUUUUACACCUGUGAAGCUUGUUCAGCCUUAAAAAUGGCAGCUACAACAGAACGUAUACAGGAAGAGUCCUGCUAUUACCAAAAACUUUUUAAUACUGUUUUAAAUGUGCCCUGGUUAAGCUUUGCUUCACUGCUUCAAAAUGGCGCAGCAUUUGAGUUACACACGUAGCAGCACUUGGGAACAAGCAUAUGCUAACCUGCUAGCUAUCUAAACAACUUAAACUAUGAACAUAAAUAAGGAUAAUCAUGACUCAUUUCCUUAGCCUAGCAUGCUAGCACUGGUGGGUAAGGAAUACAUCCAAAGGUCCAGAAUCUGAGGACAAUAUAAAAGGGUUUGUCCCACUUUGCUGCAGUAACAUCCUCUACUACUCUCCGAAGGCUUUACACUAAAUGCUGGAAUAUUUCAGUAAACAUUUUGAAUGCAAACACUAGUCAUUCCAACUUAACACUCAUCUGUUUUGUUUAAAAUCUCCGACCAGUAAAUGUGAGCAAUGGGAGUACUUUUAUGUAGCAAGACCCAUUAUAAGGGCUGUCCAGUUUUGGACUGAUGGUCUUCCCAUUUGUUGACUUGAGAGCGAGUCAAAGAGGGCACAUUUAAAUCAGUAUUAAAACAGGGGGCAAACUGUCCACUGUCACUGUUUUAGUGUAGCCAAGUGGACGAAUACGGCCAGGAUAAAAAUACCACAUAAAAAUAUGAUAAAAUCUCUUGGGGACAGAAACGCAUUCAGCACUUCUAGACUGUUCAUGUGAUCAAACACCUAAUCACCACCUCCCAAACCCCAGAAACAGAGAGGCGUAGGUUUGUGUGUGUUCGAAUCAGCAAGUCCUCUGUUGUCUGUGUUUGUCUGAACAGUGACAUGUCGAAAUAUAUUGUCGUAAAACUGUAAUCUGUUCAGUCUCCUGCAUGCCAAAAGGAAAAUGCCUCUGCACUCAUCUGUAAAAUAGUGAUUUUAAUAAAAAGGUAGAAAAUAAAGAUUAUAAUUAUUAUGUCUAAUAAUGCA